GAGGGGACGGGGAUACUCUGCCUAUAUAUGCUGGCAACUGCAUCCUCCGCGCUUUAUAGCUGUCACAGAGGAGCAAAGAGAAAGACGGAGGAGAAGGAAGAACCUUACCAACUUGCUGGUUUUUCUGGUACUAAGUCCUAAACUCUGAUACCCAUGGAUGCUGCAGAGUUCCGCAAGAGAGGGAAGGAGAUGGUGGACUAUGUUGCAGAUUACCUGGAGAAGAUAGAUAAAAGACAGGUCUUCCCAGAUGUGGAACCAGGAUAUCUAAGGCCCCUCAUUCCGGACUGUGCACCCCAGGAUCCUGAGAGCUUUGAGGAUGUCUUUAAAGACAUUGAGAAGAUCAUUAUGCCAGGGGUGACUCACUGGCACAGUCCGUACUUUUUUGCCUACUUCCCUGCAGCCUCUUCCUUCCCAGCUCUUCUUGCAGAUAUGUUGUGUGGUGGAAUAGGAUGUGUUGGCUUCUCUUGGGCCGCAAGUCCAGCUUGCACGGAGCUGGAGACUGUCAUGCUGGAUUGGCUAGGGAAGAUGAUUAAUUUGCCUGAAGAGUUUUUAGCUGGGAAGGAUGGCCAAGGUGGAGGAGUCAUUCAGGGAAGUGCAAGCGAGGCCACCUUGAUUUCACUGCUUGCUGCAAGAACAAAAGCCAUCAGACGGGUGCAGUCAGAAAAGCCUGAGCUAACAGAAGCAGACAUCAUGGGUAGGCUGGUGGCCUACGCUUCUGAUCAGGCUCAUUCGUCAGUGGAAAGGGCUGCAUUAAUUGGUGGUGUGAAGAUUAAAAAUGUUUCUUCAGAUGAUACAUUUAGUGUUUGUGGUUCAGCCCUAAAGAAAGUUUUGGACGAAGACAAAGCUUCCGGUCUUAUCCCAUUCUUUUUCUGUGCAACACUUGGAACCACACCUUGCUGCUCCUUUGACAAACUGUUAGAACUGGGUCCUAUUUGUAAUAAGGAGAAUAUCUGGAUGCAUAUUGAUGCAGCCUAUGCUGGGAGUGCAUUCAUUUGCCCUGAAUUCAGGCAUCUCUUAAACGGAGUGGAGUUUGCAGAUUCAUUUAACUUUAAUCCUCACAAAUGGCUCCUAGUGAAUUUUGACUGCUCUGCUAUGUGGGUGAAAAAAAGAUCAGAUUUAACAGGUGCCUUUAAAUUGGAACCUCUUUACCUGCAGCAUCACCAUCAGGAGUCUGGUCUCGUAACAGAUUAUCGGCACUGGCAAAUCCCCCUGGGGAGGAGGUUCCGCUCCCUGAAGCUCUGGUUCGUGCUGAGGAUGUACGGGGUCACGGGACUGCAGGAGCACAUCCGCAAGCACGUCAGGCUGUCACAUCAGUUUGAACACUUAGUCCUUCAGGAUGAGAGAUUUGAGAUCUGUGCUGAGGUUGUCUUGGGACUAGUCUGUUUUCGGCUGAAGGGCUCAAAUGAACUAAAUAAGGCGCUUCUUAAAAGCAUAAAUGAGGCCAAGAAGAUUCACCUGGUCCCAUGCCACCUGCGAGAGAAGUUUGUACUACGUUUUGCUAUUUGUUCCCGCACGGUGGAAUCCACCCACAUCAAGUUUGCCUGGCAGCACAUCUCACAGCUGGCAACUGAUCUUCUGAAAACAUGGGAGCAAAACCACCACCAGCAGUAACAGCAGUGAAGUAGCAGUGCGGUGGAGGUAAUUAACCGGCUUUUUCUGUGUUGCCAAGUUGUAUUUUAGGGGCAGGUGGGAAAGUCAAAUUAUGAAGGAAAAAAAUAAAAAAAACCCUGUUGUUAUAUAGCCCAGCUGCAGUAGCAAAAUCCUUGCCAGCAAGUUGUGUGGUAACCUUAGUCAUUCCUUAUCUGUACCGUAGUUUCAUCUCGUCUGUUUCCAGGAUGCAAUUAGCCAUGGGGGCUCGAGCUGUCAUUUCUUACCAGUUUGUAAUCAAGCGCAUUUAUUGAAGCAGGCAAUGGAAAUGGAAGGGUUUGUGCUCCCUCCAUUG